ACGGCAUGUCAUGAGACGGCAAGCAGUCAGUAUCGUUCGUUUCGUGUUUAUCGAUUUUUUGAGUGAAGUGAACGUAGUGUUCGUGUCCUUUAGUUUAGUGACGUUUGAUAGAGAAAUAUCUGUGAAUGGGAUUGUGUAAUAAGAUAAAACGUUUAUUGGGUGUGUGAUUUUCUGUAAAGGAUGACGAAGGACAGGUUAGCGGCGCUCCAGGCGGCGCAAAGCGACGAUGACGACGUUGGGCCUGACGAUGUCAACGUCGCCGUUGAAGGCGGCUUCAUGGACGAAUUCUUCAGUGAGGUGGAAGAGAUACGAGAAAUGAUAGACAAGAUCCAAGCUAACGUCGAGGAAGUAAAGAAGAAGCACAGCGCCAUCCUAUCAGCACCGCAGUCAGAUGAAAAAACAAAGCACGAAUUAGAAGAUCUCAUGGCCGACGUUAAGAAAACUGCCAACAAAGUCAGAGGAAAAUUAAAACACAUAGAGCAGAACAUUGAACAGGAGGAGCACUCGAACAAAUCAUCCGCCGAUCUCAGGAUAAGAAAAACUCAGCACUCGACUCUGUCCCGCAAGUUUGUGGAAGUGAUGACAGAAUAUAACAGGACGCAGACGGACUACCGGGACCGCUGCAAGAACCGGAUACAGCGGCAGCUGGAGAUCACGGGACGCGCUACCACCGACGACGAGCUCGAGGAGAUGCUGGAGCAGGGCAACUCGGCCGUCUUCACCCAGGGGAUAAUAAUGGAGACGCAGCAAGCGAAGCAGACGCUGGCCGACAUCGAGGCGCGGCACGCCGACAUCAUCAAACUGGAGACCUCUAUCCGCGAGCUGCACGACAUGUUCAUGGACAUGGCGAUGCUCGUCGAGAGCCAGGGCGAAAUGAUCGACCGCAUUGAGUAUCAUGUAGAACACGCCGUUGACUAUGUCCAAACUGCCACACAAGAUACAAAGAAGGCCCUAAAAUAUCAGAGCAAAGCUCGACGGAAAAAAAUCUUCAUCAUAAUAUGCCUGUCUGUUACGCUGGUAAUAUUAAUAAUUGUGCUCGCGGUAGCGCUCUCGUAAUCAGCGCCGCCGCCCCGCUCGGCGCCCUGUGGACUAAGUUGUUUCAAUCAGUAGAUGCUGGCUACAAAACGACACACAUGAUAUUCGUCUGUAUACCAUUAACAUUAUAUUUUUUUUGUAUGGAUGUUGCUUGCCGUAUAUAAUACAGCGAUACCUACACAUUGCAUGCAACCUUGCAAACGAUCGAUGCAUUGUGACAAUAUUCUUGGCAUUACAACGGUGCUGUGUUAUAGCGAUCUGUUUUGUCAUUAAAAAAAACAUCAUAUUAUUCGAAAUUUAUAUAACAAAACAAUUGCGAACCAUUCUGUUGGAUUCAUUAAAUAAUUGUGGUAACACAGUCUUUUCGUGAGAUUAUAAAAUGUUUUGUGUAAGAGGAAAGUAUAUCGCCACGGGUAGAUAGUUUGAAGACAAUAUAAAUUAUUUAAAGUGCAAUAAAUUGAUUGUGCUUUAGUUUAUGUAAGUACUAAAUAUGGCUUCUAUUAAAGUAACGCACUAUUGAAACAUUAAUUUUUAUUUUAUAAAAAUCUGUAUAUACGUUUAUCAUUAAUUAACUAAUUAAGUAAGGCAUAAUUUAGUGAAUAUUAAAAAUUCACAUGUUUCAAGUGAACACGCUGAGUCUGUUACUUCAGUAAUUUCACUCAUUAUGUUUAUUAAGCAAUUUAGACCGUUUAUUUUCUUUGUUCAGGCCGCGUUAGAAAUUAUUGUCUAUUUUAUAAUAUUUUUAAAACAAAACAAAGUUUUGUGUUUGUGCAAAAUAAAAAUAUAUCUGUUAUUUACUGAUAAAAGAACAACGAAUAUUAAUUUCUUUAAUUUUUCAUUCUUACGUUGAAGAUGAUUUGCGGAAUUUAAAAAUUAAGGUAACAUUUAUUGUCAGAAAUUACAGGCAUUUUUAUUUUGCUCUUUGUAAAUUUCUAAUCAGUUAUUAUUUCUUUAAUCAAUCCAUAGUAUGAAUUAGCGAUCAAUCAGUAUUUGCCUACAUUUAAGUUUUGUUGUAAUAGGUUGCUUUCUCAUUAACUGCUUUACCUUAGAAACAUUUACUGUUUUCUUGAAAUUGUAGAGUAUAGAAAUCCUAAUUAUGUUUUUUUCCUUUACCUCUUUCGAGUCUGCAAUAAGAUCUUUAAGAUUUCAAUAAGUUCUUGAUUUAUGGUUUAAAAAUCUGUAAGCAGAUUGUACCUAUCUUUUUAUUUCAUAGUUGAAGGCAAAAUAUUCUGACAAAGUAUCGAGUUAGAUCCUUCUAAAGUACAUCUAUUCGGGAUUCGUACUAAUUGUUAGCAGUGUAGCUUAAUAUGAGAAUGCAAUAACAACCGCUAACGUGCGGCGUAAGUAUAGACUUGCAUCGCUCUUUACGGAAUCAAAACAGUUUUACAAUAAUGAAUGCUCAGUGUGAUGCAAAUGUUUUAGAACUUUGAAUGUAUCAUUAGGAACUGAAUCAUCUCUAAGUGAGUAAUACCUAACUGAUAACAAUUUAUGGCAACGAUAUUUGACUGAAUUUAACUUGAUUCAGAUACGGUGUUUAGAUAAGAUGAUUGCCGACCAUACCAGAUAAACAGAUUAGGAAGUUGGUGUCCAUCAGCCCAAGGACUAUAUUCGUUCUGUUUUGUAUAUCAAUUUAUCCCUGUAUGGACGAGCAAAGUAUUUUACGGCCAUAAACUUUUUUAAUGUUCCAGUAUCGAAUGAAACAAUCUCUGAGCUUGAAUUUUGAACUGAUCCAAUUGCAAAUGUUCUUAUCUCAUCAGUGAUAUAUAUUUUAUAUUAUUUGCCAUGAGUAGCAAAAUAUGAUAAUGUCAAUUGCAUACUCAUCCUCACACUUGGGUGCUCGCUAGCAGCUGUCAUUGCAUUUUCAUCCUUAUGUCAGAUUACUUAGGUUACAGAUAGGUCGAAUCUCGAGUAGUGCGCAACCUUUUAGAAACAGAAAGACCUGACCUGAGAUGAUUCGUCACAAUAUUAUUGUUUGAACAUCACUAUUCUAGUUUCAUAAAAAAUAUAUAUGUAUUUCUCAUUUUCAUAUUGCAAUCUAUAAUGCAAUAUAAUACGUGAUAGAUGAAUUUGUUAUUAUUAAGAGACAUAAUAUUUCGAUAUUAUGACCAUUAUUAAGGUGCGACACUUAAAAGUCACAAUUCUAAAUUUAAUCCUGCUAAACACAAUGUUUGCAUUUAUUGUAGCAUUUUAAUGGAUAAAUGUGAAAUAAUAUUAUUAAUAUACUUAUUGUUUAUAUAUCACAUGUCUAAUAUAUUACUAACUGUGAUUCAAAGUCGUGUUGUUUAAUUGAAUACGCGUCUACGUGGGAAUGUUGUUUAGCUCAAAUAUUGUUUUAUAUGCGAACAUGUUUGCUAUAAUAAAUUGUGUCCCGUAAGCUAUUUAUCACUACUUGUUUAUUUAAUCAAAAGACUGUGAAAUAUAAAAUAUAAUUUAAUGCCAUUUCAUUAAUAUCGUUUGUUAAUUCCUAAGUUCUGUUGAGACGUUAAAAGAGUUUUUCCUCAAUAGCAGAAAAUAAUCAUGUGUAGUAGUAUUAGUUUCCGUUCUAAUAAAAGAGGUGUUACAAAGUUGUUAUUAAAAUAAUGAUGUAUCAGUAAACUUUACUCAAGAUGUAAAUAUGUUUAUAAUUUCCAAGAUUACACUUAUUUAUUUUAUUUCGAUUGAAUUUGUUUUGUUUUCUUUUGGUUUAUCUUAUUUGACGAAACCUUAAAGUAAUAUGCUAACAGCGAGGUAAGGCAAAUGACGCACGCACCGGGUCCUAAACCGAUACGAAACACGAAGGAUAAAAAGAAAUGUGUAUGGGGGGGUAGGAGAGGGGGGAAAUUAAAAUUUGUCAUUUGGAUAUCGUAUUUGGGCGUACUGGCGCUUGGCGCGUGUCUAAAGCGUACUGUUGCAUGGUCGCCCGCGGGGUCAACAGAAGAAGAUCAUGAUCCUAGUGUGCCUGCUCAUACUGAGUCUGGUGGUGGUGGGCUACGUGUCCAGUAUGUUCAUGUGAGCGGCAGCGCGUGCAUCGCCCGCACUAUGCUCAAAGGUAACUCGAUUUCUCGUAGGCGGCGGCGCCUAUACGCGCGCUCGGGAACGGUAAUUUCAGGUAUUCCGGCACGUGUCCUAACUAACGAUGGACGCCUUACUGAACUAAAUUGUUACGAGGACUGGUAAAAUGGUAUUCUUAAUCGUGUCCUAAUAAACAUUGUUACUCAAAUUUAAAUUAAUCUAUAUAGUUAAUGUAGUAGUAAAACGCACAGAAGAGGUACAUAAGUAUUUUUAACACCGAGUCUUCAGAACACUUCUCAACUUUUUUUAAAACAGCCCCUUUAAUC